GUGAUAUUCCGGCGGCUACUCCGGAAGAUGUGGAGGUUGCAGUGGCUGCAGCUCGGAGAGCUUUUAUUAGGAAUAAAGGAGAGGAUUGGUCCAAGGCUUCUGGGGCUGUUCGUGCCAAGUAUUUGCGAGCUAUUGCUGCCAAGGUAACGGAGAGAAAAUCUCAACUAGCAAAACUUGAAGCAAUUGAUUGUGGAAAACCGCUUGAUGAAGCAGCAUGGGACAUGGAUGAUGUUGCAGGAUGUUUUGAGUACUAUGCAGACCUUGCUGAAGGUUUGGAUGCCAAGCAGAAGGCCCCUAUUUCUCUUCCUAUGGAGACUUUUAAGAGUUAUGUUCUUAAGGAGCCUAUUGGGGUUGUGGGUCUGAUUACGCCAUGGAAUUACCCCUUGUUGAUGGCCACAUGGAAAGUGGCUCCUGCCCUUGCUGCUGGAUGCACUGCAAUACUAAAGCCAUCUGAAUUGGCAUCUAUGACCUGUUUGGAGCUUGCUGAUAUUUGUCGAGAGGUGGGUCUUCCUCCUGGUGUUCUCAAUAUUCUGACUGGAUUGGGCCCUGAAGCAGGUGCAUCUUUGGCUUCUCAUCCCGAUGUCGCCAAGAUUGCAUUCACUGGAAGCUCAGCCACAGGCAGCAAGGUAAUGACUGCUGCAGCUCAAUUGGUGAAGCCCGUCUCUUUAGAACUUGGUGGAAAAAGCCCAAUUGUUGUUUUUGAUGAUAUUGAUCUUGAUAUUGCUGCCGAAUGGAUCCUCUUUGGCUGCUUCUGGACAAAUGGUCAGAUUUGCAGUGCAACAUCCCGUCUAAUUGUGCAU